AUGCAGCCGGCAGAAGGGGACUCUGCCGCCAUGAGGCGAAAGCAAACGCUGGAGUACUUUACACGCGCGCUGCAAGAGGUCCAGGCGUCCAACGAGGCAUUCCGGGUGCUGAAGACGGUGUCGGCGCAGCCCACGCGCGGCAGCGGCAGCAACAGCAACAUCGACAGCAACGGCAGCGGCAGCGGCAGCGUCACCUCCAACCGCUCCAGCAACCCCCUCGUCAUCCUCGACUCGAGCUUCAACCCGCCCACCGUGGCCCACGCGCAGAUGGCCACGUCGGCCCUCAACGCGGAACCCCCGGAUUCGCGGCUGAUGCUCCUCCUCGCCGUCAACAACGCCGACAAGAAGCCGGUCCCGGCAGCGUUCCCCCACCGACUGGGCAUGAUGGAGGGGUUCGCCAGGGACAUUCUCUCGUCGGGUGACGUGCGGGACCGCGGCGGCGGCGUGCAAAUCGACCUGGCCGUCACGACCGAGGCGUUUUUCCACGCCAAAGCCAGCAGCAUCGCCGGGAGCGGGCGGUACGGCGGCCCGUCCCGGUUCCUGUUCCUGUGCGGGUUCGACACGGUCGUGAGGAUCUUCGACCCGGCGUACUAUGCGGCCGCGGAGGAGGCCGGCAGGUCGGGGCAGCGGGCGGCGAUGCGGGCGGCCCUGGGGCCGUUUUUCGACCGCGCCAGGCUGCGGGUGACGAUGCGGCCUGGCGACGAUGAUGAUGAUGGGUGGGGCGGGGCGCAGGACCAGGUCGCGUACGUGGAGGGCUUGAGGGCGGGCGGGCUAGAAGCGAUGGGUGGCGAUGCGGCGUGGGGGAGGAGGCUGGAGUUGGUGGAAGGGGUUGGCGGCGCGGUGAGCAGCUCGAGCGUGAGGGCAUCGAGGAGGAGGGGGGGGGAGGGGGCUGGCGAGCUGGACGGCGUGGGCGACGAGGUGAGGGCGUGGAUCGAGGGCGAGGGGCUGUACAGGGAUGGAUGA